AUGACACUGCGGCAGCGUCAGUAUGUGGUAAGGGUCCAACGUUAUUGUACCAAUUGCUUUGCGCGUACACAUUUGGUCGGAGUAUGCAUUUCCAUGGACGGAUGUCAAGUGUGUGGCGACUUGCAUCAUACCAUGUUGCAUCCGGAGAGUGUACUAGACAGGCUUUCUCAACCGCAACAAAUACAACCUCUGCGCCAACGGCGUCAACAACAACAACAUCUGCACCAACGGCGACAACAACAGCAGCCUCAGCGUCAGCGACGCCAACAACAACAGCAGCCUCAGCGUCAGCGACGCCAACAACAACAACAGCAGCCUCAGCGUCAACGACGCCAACCAAGACAGCAGCACCAACAACAGCAGCAUCGUCAACGACGUCUUCAACAUCAACAUAGGGCCGACGCGACUCCAAAUGCCCAAGGACUGGUGCAGCAAAUCGUUUCAGCCCUAGAUCAAUUAACUGGGGCCCUUAACAUUGCUCCAGUGCAAGGGGGCCGCCAUGUCGAGGAUCGAUCAUCAAAUGAGGGUGACAACCCUUUGAUCGACCUCGACUGA